AUGUCUGAAAUUGUCAACUCUGUAAUUGUUCCAGCUUACCAUGAAAAAUUAAAUAUUAAACCUUUGACUACAAGAUUAUUUGCAGCUCUAGGCAACGAAGGUUCUAAUACUACUGAAUUAAUCUUUGUAGAUGACAAUUCUCGUGAUGGUUCAGUAGAAGAAGUAGAAUUAUUACAAAAGCAAGGUUACAACGUCCGGAUCAUCGUGAGAACCGAUGAACGUGGGUUAUCAUCUGCUGUUAUGAAAGGUUUCUACGAAGCUAAAGGUGAAUAUUUGAUUUGUAUGGAUGCUGAUUUGCAACAUCCACCUGAAAGUGUUCCAGCUAUGUUCAAGAGUUUAAGAACACACCCUUUUGCUCUAGGUACUAGAUAUGCUCCUGGUGUUGGUAUCGAUAAGGACUGGCCAUUAUACCGUAGAGUUAUUUCUAACGGUGCCCGUAUGAUGGCCAGACCUUUAACCACUGCUUCUGAUCCAAUGAGUGGGUUUUUCGGUCUACAAAAGAAAUACUUGUUGAAAGCUCAACCUGGUGAUAUCAACUCUGCUGGGUUCAAAAUUGCAUUAGAAUUAUUGGCCAAGCUACCAUUACCAAAGAACGAAUCUAUCGGUGAAAUCCCAUUUUCCUUCGGUGUCAGAACAGAAGGUGAAAGUAAAUUGUCCGGUAAGGUUGCUGUCCAAUACUUAUUACAAUUGAAGGAAUUAUACGUCUUCAAGUUUGGUGCAGCCAACAUAGCCUUAUUCUUAUUCUUCUGGGCCAUCUUAGCAUUGUACGCCUUGAACAUGCUUUUAUCUAUGUUGUGGUAA